AUGGAGACGCGUUCUGUGUACCAUAAUACGCAAAAGGAGCUGUUUGCACACUUGUUCGGUCAUUUUGUGCAUUGCUGUGACCAGUGUGUGUGUGUGUUUUUCUCUGUCACAGUCUCCCAGUCCAACAGCAGUUUAAAGAAACACAGGAACAGAAGUAUCUUUAGUCCCUUCUUCUGCUGUUUCCGAGACUAUGAUGCGGAACCACCAGCCACCAACAACAAGACCUGCUCCCUCCCUCCACCUGCCGAGGAGAACAGCAGCCCUCCAAAGUGUGAUCAGGUCCAGGUCAUCCCUAUUCCCAGUCCUCCAGCCAAAUACCUCUUGCCUGAGGUCAGCAUUAAUGAUUACGGCAAGAACUGUGUGGUCAUUGACCUGGACGAGACCCUCGUGCACAGCUCCUUCAAGCCCAUCAGCAAUGCUGACUUUAUAGUCCCUGUGGAGAUUGACGGAACAGUUCAUCAGGUCUAUGUGCUGAAGAGACCUCACGUGGAUGAGUUUCUGCAGAAAAUGGGCGAACUGUUUGAAUGUGUUCUUUUUACAGCCAGCUUGGCUAAGUAUGCUGACCCUGUAGCAGACCUGUUGGACCGGUGGGGUGUGUUCAGGGCCCGGCUCUUCAGGGAAUCCUGUGUGUUCCACCGGGGGAACUACGUCAAAGACCUCAGCCGACUGGGCCGAGAGCUCAACAAAGUCAUCAUAGUGGACAACUCACCUGCCUCCUACAUCUUCCAUCCAGAAAACGCUGUGCCGGUGCAGUCGUGGUUUGAUGACAUGACAGACACUGAGCUGCUGGAUUUACUGCCACUGUUUGAAGGCCUGAGCAAAGAGACAGACGUUUACAGUGUGUUACAGAGCCUGAGGGUCAGGUAGCACACGGGUCCAGCACUGCCUUGCAAACACGAACAUCUCCGGCUGAGCCAUCGUUCGGCUCUGGCCUCUAGAAGAGACCACUCACCCAACGAACGUCAUUCCUUCUCCCUCAUUGGACCAACGGCCAACAUAAUUCCUUGGCAAGCAAAUAUAUACACUUGGUUUAUUUUAACUUUUGAUGCAGAAUGAAGAAAACAAAGCAUUGUUUUAUAAGAGAAACACAAGUGUUUACUAUCCUUGAGUAUGUUUACCAGGAAAAAUAACAAGAUGUGCUAUUUUUCUGGACAGGCGUGAAAACACCUUUUUUUUUCUGUUCAGGCUAUGCAGGCAGUCUUUUCCGUGGCGUCAUCGAUAGUUCCAACAACUGUGGUUUAUUUUUUUUCUCGUUCUCUCGUACCAAACGAAGUGCCUUCUGACUGUUGUUUUUAUGGGGACACAAAUGAGUUUUUGUAUGCUGCAUAUUUACAAUUCAAAACCUUUAAACAGACACUUACUGUAAGAGCGAACGGUGAGUCUUUUAAAAUUCCUGAAAACUUUUCGGUGACGGUCAGGAGUUUUCAUUGGACUGAAUGAUAAUAUCGGGCAAAGGAUGAUGCCAUUAUUUUCUUGGGUUCUUGUAUGCCUUCGAAAAUAUAGCAUAUAAGCAUUGUGUUCAAAAGAAACGUUUGCAUCUAUUACCCAACUGUGAUUUGAACUA